AUGUGCACCACUGUUAAACUUCUUUCUCUGUUGUGUCUUUGUUUCUGUUUUCAGUCUCUGGACGGGUUUGUAUUUGCACUAAACAAGGAGGGACGCUUCCUCUACAUCUCCGAGACCGUCUCCAUCUACCUGGGACUGUCACAGGUGGAGCUGACCGGCAGCAGCGUCUUUGACUACGUCCACCCCGGAGACCACGUGGAGAUGGCGGAGCAGCUCGGCAUGAAGCUUCCUCCGGGCCGAGGGAUGUCUCUGUCCCAGGGAGCCGUCAACGAGGACGGAGCGUCCUCGGCCUCCUCGUCGUCGCACUCUGAGACCCCCGAACCAGUGGAGUCCAGCAGUCCCAGCCUCCUGGCUGCCGAUAACCUGCUGGAGCGAUCGUUCUUCGUCAGGAUGAAGUCGACGCUCACGAAGAGAGGCGUUCACAUCAAGUCCUCGGGAUACAAGGUGAUCCACGUCACGGGGCGUCUGCGCAUCAGGAUGACUCUGACGCACAGCCGCUCGGUGCCCAUUCAGAUCAUGGGGAUGGUGGUGGUGGCUCACUCUCUCCCGCCGCCGACCAUCAACGAGGUCCGCAUCGACUGUCAGAUGUUCGUCACGAGAGUCAACAUGGACCUGAAGUUCAUCUACUGCGAGAACAGGAUCAGCGACUACAUGGACCUGACGCCGGUGGACAUUGUGGGGAAGAGGUGCUACCAGUUCGUUCAUGCUGAAGACGUGGAGGGAAUCAGAGAGUGUCACCUGGACUGUGAGUACCUGGCUCCACAUGAUAGUGUGCUCGACACUGAUUGGACAAUCAAGUCCACUGAUUUUGAACCAACGUAUAUAUCUUUCUCCUCAACAGACAACGAGAACGCCAAGUCCGAGGGGAAGCCGAGCCACCAAUCAGAACGCGAGGACCCGGAGACUGACAGCAAGCGUCAGCAGCAACCCGGUCAACCACAUUGCUCCUCCGAACAGGAAAUGAAGCGCCAGGAGGAAGGAGACAGCUCAAGUAACCCCGAGAGCCAGGAGAGCGACGACAGUCUGGAAGCCUCGGAUGGAGAGGGGGAGGAACAGGAGGAGGCAAGGGUAGGAGGAGGAGGAGGAGGCGGUAGAGGUGGUGGAGGUGGAGAUGGAGGAGGAAGGCUUGGGAGGUUAGCCGGACUGGGAGGGUUAGGGGGACUGGGUGCCAUCGGAGGACUGGGCAACCUGGGCGGGCUCCAUAUUAAGGUAGAGCACUACGGAGAAGGGGAAGAAGUACAGCUGCACAACUCACAAACUUCUUCGUCGGAGGAGGAGGAAGAAGAGGACGACGACGACGACGACAUCGACGAGGAAGAAGACAGAGGCGUGCAAGAUUGCGACGGCGUCGACGCCGGUGCUGGUGGCAAGCUCCAGAAGAGGCGGAAGAGGAGGAAAGUGCAGAAAUGGGACGCAUCCCGGAGCAGGAGGCUCCGUCUCUCCUCGCCCACCGCCUCGGACAGCCCCGAUGCCAUGGGAGACGCCGCGAUGCUGGUCGACCCCUCCCAGGCCACGCCGGCCAACAACUCCUCCUCCCACCUCCUCGCCUCCGCCGGCUCCCCGAACUGCGUGGGUGCGACGUCCUCAGUCCUGAAAAUCAAGACGGAGAUGGCGGAGCCUAUCAACUUCGACAACGACAGCAGCAUCUGGAACUUCCCGCCCAACCGGGAGAUUUCCAGAAACGAGUCACCAUACAGCAUGACCUCCAAGCCUGCCCCUCCGGGGUCCCACGAGAACUUCCCCUCACCCCAGGGAGGCUCUCUACAGGUGGCCAUUCCCGACUCCGUCCUCACCCCUCCUGGAACCGAGGGAGGCACAGUGGGAGUGAGGAAACCUCCUUACAACGGAAGCUCCGCGCCGUCCUCCGCUUCCAGCGCCGGCAGUUUAGCACCUCCCUCCAAUGCCUCCUCCGCCGACCCCCUGUCACCUCCGCUGUCCGCCUCCCCGCGGGACAAGCAGCAAGGCACUCCCACCACCUCCUCUUCCUCGUCCUUGUCCUCGUCGACCUCUUCCUCGUCGCUGCUUUACUCCGGUGACCUCGAGGCGCUGCAGCGUCUGCAGGCCAGCAACGUGGUGCUCCCGUUGGUCCACCGAGUCACGGGGACUCUGGCCUCCACCAGCACGACAGCUCCGCGGGUCUACACCACCGGGACCAUCAGGUACGCACCGGCGGACGUCACCCUCGCCAUGGCGCAGGGCAACCUCCUCCCCAACGCCGCCAUGAACUUCGUCGACGGCUCGGGGUUCGGCCUGGACCCCAAGACACCCAUGGAGAUGCUGUACCACCACGUCCACAGGCUCAACAUGUCGGCGGCGGCAGCGGCCGGCCCGUUCGUCGGAUCACAGAUGGCCACGGGCGGGAAUGGGUCCCUGGGGGGCCAGAUGCCGACCGCAGCCAACGUUUUCACCACGGCGGAGGGACUUUUCUCGACGCUACCGUUCCCGGUGUACAGCAACGGGAUCCACACCACGCAGACGACUCUGGAGAGGAAGGAGGAUUAACGCUAAUCGCUCAAGACCGCAUUACUGUGUUUCUAGAAUCGACAACUGUGUCAAAGUAAAAAAAAAGACUACUCACUAGUAAAGAAACAAAAAAAGAAAGGAAAAUAAAGACUACUUGCUAUCUUUUAUCAACACAGCACUGUGUUUCCGAGAGGGGGGAAAGGACAGGAAAGGAUGACAAAUGUACUCUAGCACUUUGAAUCUGAGCAACUGAGCUUGUGUAAUAGACAUGAAUGACCCUCAAACAUGUCCCGACCUUUUCUAUCUUUUUUUCUCUCUCCUCAUCCUCUCUCUCUCGCUCUCUCUCUCUCUUUUACUCCUCUUUCUUGCGAUCAGCAACGUUUUCUUUUUCUUCUCUUGAACAAAAACAAGACUAUUCUUUAUUGUAAAGAACUCCUUUUUUUGCCUACAGAGAAUUCAUAUUGCCGAAAGGACUCUGCUGGAGCCAGACGGGGAUACUUUUUUAUUAUUUGACUUUGUUUUCUGUUGCAUCUUUACGAAGGUGCCGAUUGUGCGUAUUUAACGGAGGACGGUACAGGGAUUUGUAACGGACAUAAAAAACUCUAUGCGGGCGCUUCUCCACAUGUAUCUUGAUGUGAUCAAGGCUUGAAGAGAACAUUUUUAAACCGAGAGGAGGGGACUGACAAAAGGUCUCGGAGAUAAUAAUCUUUUGAAAAAAGGUUUUUUUUGAAGACGUUUCUCGAUUGAGGGAAUAGUUUAGAGGAUUAAUGCUGUUUUUUCAUUUUCAUUUCCUUCUUUUUUUUUAUAAAAUAUUCUAGCUCAGAUUUAACUUACGAAUCAAGCAUUAAGGAGAAAAACAGAAAAGAAAAAAAAGCAAUUUCAGCCGGGUAAUGACCUGUGAAAUAUCGAAUGUUACUACUUCCUCUUUUAUCCCAGGAGUUUACCUACAGGUCUCGCACCGAACAUAACCUCCUCUACAUCUCCUCCCAUCUCGAUAUGUCGUUCUCUCUCUCUCUCUCUUAUCUCUCACUCUUGUCUGCCGGAUCUUUAAUCUCUACGUCUAACAUUUCCUCCUGACGAUCUACAGAUUCAUGGUGCUACCGACCGUCCAGUAACCCGGAUUCAGCUGGCUGAUGGGGGUGCUGUAAACGAACCCACAGCUCGUUGACAGACUGAUCGUGUUUUGUUUUUUGGAGGGGGAACAAUUUUAACCUUUUUAUUAUUAUUAUUAGUUUUUAUCUUCUGACCUUCAGGAAAGUCAGAAACACAGCAAGAACCGUAGGACCUCUAAAUCAGCAACAUCAUCUCCAUCAUGUCCCUCCUUUGUUUUUUUUCCUAUAAAAAAACGCUUAAUCUGAUUGGGCGUGGAGGGGCAGCUCCACACGGCAGCAUGGAGGUGAUUGGUUGAAUUUCUAGGCUUCAUAGUGUUGUUUUUAUUUCUAUGUAUUUUCUAACUUAAUCACUUUUACUUCUCAGUGAGACUGAGGCUAAUACGCUAGUGACGCUAACUUGAAAAAUGAAUGUUAAAAACCUCGACCGGCUCCUGUUUGAUUGUUUAAUUUUAUUUUGUACUACUUUCUUUGUCUUUAUUUUUAUUUUCUUACCUCCUCCUCCUCCUCCUCUUCUUCCUAAACCAGAAUCACCUCCACAAGAUUUUCCUAAACAAUCCACUCUCUUCCAUCUCAUCGCCGGACCCUGUGAUAAAAAACAACCACAUAUCAACUAAGGAGAUUGUAAUAAAGACAUGCAUUUUCAAUCAAAUCUAUCAAACAAUCAAAAUCAAUAACUACAAAAAAAGAAUCUUUUUUUUAAGGAAGAGAAAAAAAAUCACAUUCCUUGAAACAAUGUUGUCUUUGUCGUCGUUCUUCUGUUCUGUGUUCUUUCUUCCCCAAAACCCUCGUUGCCAAAAAAAAGACAAAAAAAAAAGAAAUCUCACAAGUUUAGUGUUUUAAAAGCACUGUGAUUCUCGUUCAUUUCUACCUUUUUCUUUUCUACGUUUUUUGUUAAAAAGAGGAAGAAGAAAAAAAGAUAAGUAAU